AAGACUUUAUUAUAUAUUGACGAGGAGCUUGCAGAAUCGAAGUAGGAUUUGCAAUUGCAGCCAGCCAAUAUCAGACGAGCAGCGUGUUUGCAGCUCCAUCGGCUCGGCGGAAGAGGCGAGAUGGCGUCGUCGUCCAAGAAGGUCUGCGUGGUGGGCGCCGGCGUCUCGGGUCUGGUCUCCGCCCGCGAGUUGCGCCGGGAGGGCCACGACGUGACGGUCAUGGAGCAGAGCGGCGGCAUUGGCGGGCAGUGGCUGUACGACCCGAGGACCGACGCCGACGACGCCCUCGGCGCGCACAGCAGCAUCUACGCCUCUCUCCGGCUCAACACGCCCAGGGAGAGUACGGGCUUCUCCGACUUUCCCUUUGCCUACCCCAGCAACGACGACGGUGCCGGCGACGGCCGGCGGUACCCGGGGCACGCCGAGUUCCUGAGGUACAUCAGGCGCUUCUGCGACGCGUUCGGGCUCAUGGACGCCGUCAGGCUCAACACCAAGGUCCUGCACGUCGCCCCGUUGGCGCCGCGCAGCCACGGCGACGGCGUGACGCGGUGGACGGUGAGGUGCUCGUCGAGACUUGGUGACUGUCAGGACGAGGCGGUCACCACGGAGGAGACGUUCGAUGCCGUCGUCGUCGCCGUCGGCCAAUUCACCCAGCCAAGGCUCCCCGCAAUCAAUGGCAUGGACAAGUGGAGCAGGAGGCAGCUGCACUCCCGCUCGUAUCGGGUCCCGGACUCCUUCGAAAACCAAGUGGUGGUGGUCGUGGGAUGCCAGGCGAGCGGCGUGGACAUCGCGCUGGAGCUCCGCACGGUGGCGAGAGACGUGCACAUCAGCGUCAAGUCCGUGGACGACGACGUCGCCGUGUCCCCCGGCAUGAGGAAAGCUGUGUCCAGGCACCACAACCUGCACCUCCACGUCCAGAUCGAUAGCUUGUGCGAGGACGGGCAUGUGGUGUUCGCCGAUGGCUCCUCGGUGGUCGCCGACGCCAUCGUCUACUGCACCGGGUACGUCUACUCGUUCCCGUUCCUGGACACGGGAGGCCUGGUCACCGUGGACGACAGCUGCGUCGGCCCGCUGUUCGAGCACACGUUCCCGCCGGCGCUGGCGCCGGCGCUGUCCUUCGUGGGCGUACCAAAGAAGGUGGUGGUGCCGCGGUUCUUCGAGGCGCAGGCGAGGUGGGUUGCGCAGGUGCUGUCUGGCCGAAGGUCGCUGCCGCCGGAGGCCGAGAUGCUGCGCUCAGCGGAGGAGAACAACCGCGCGAGGGGGAAGCACCUGGCGCACGACAUCCUCGACGACUAUGACUACUGCGACGACUUCGGGGAGAAGCACUGUGGGUUCCCGCGGCUGGAGGGCUGGAAGAAGGAGCUCCGUUGGUCGUCCCUCGCGAGGAGACACGACAGCACGGAGAGCUUCCGUGACGUCUACCACGACGACAGCAACUUGAUUCGGGAGGGCUUUCAAGCAUAGGGGCUCAGGCUCGCAGCACAAAAUUCUUAUUCCCUCCGUUCUUUUUUUUUUGAAGUUUUAGUUUAAAAUAAACUGUCCGACAAUAAAUAUUCGAGAACGAAAAUAUUAUUUCUUAAAUCUAUAAUGGAGCGAGAAAAAUAAAAUGGCCUUUAAGA